CGCCUCAAAAAUUGCAAUGGCAGUGCAAAUUUCACCAGUCUACAUCCCUUACCCCGCCCUUAGCUAAAUUUCGUUUCCUCCCAUUUUUCCGGGUCAGUCUCCGGUAAUUAACCAUCGGAACCCGCUGACACGUGUCAACCGACCGUAGCGUCACGUCAUUCCUUCAACUUAACGAUUUGGAAGAAUCCGAUUCCGUGUAGAAUGAAAAAAACCGAAUUCAAUUCCACCACUUUUUUACCUGUAAUCCGAACAACCGUUUUUGUCUAAUCAUAAAUAGGCAGGGAAAAGAAAAAGUGAAGAAGAAUAAGUAUAGAGUUGUUAAAUGUAUGAAGGGAAUAGCAUCGUCAGGGCUAGUAAUAACAAGUAGCUCGAAUAACAUUUUGGCUUUACACAACAUUAGAUUCCAAAUUUGAAUCCCUAAAAUGGCUAUUUAAGUCAAAGAUGCGAAUUCCUAAGCGUUCAGUUUCACUUUGUUUGUCUGUGUUGACACCUCAUCAACACCACGUUUCAUCAUUUUCUAGAAGCUUCCAUUUCCAUUUAGGUUUUCUCAGUUCUCAUCAUUUGUUGAACAAAGGGAAAUCAGUUCGUCGUAAAGGGAACCCGCAGCGGCUACCCUUUGGAUGUGCACAGGGGAGAGAUCAGUUGCAUACAAGUUGUACAAUGGAUGGUGUUGGUGUAGAUAACAGCGCGGCACUUAUUGAGAAGGGAUAUGGUGCCAAUGGUGGUCAGAGUUCGUGCAUAUGGUCAUCUCCAGAAGGAGGGUGCAACAUUGACAUAGGAAAGCAGAUAUUCUGUAACAGGUCCUUAAACAUGAAAAGUAUAGUUGCUGUUGGAUUCGACAUGGAUUACACCCUGGCACAGUACAAACCUGAGACUUUCGAAUCUCUUGCAUAUGAAGGCACUGUCAGAAAGCUUGUUUAUGAUUUAGGAUACCCUUCAGAGCUGUUGGAAUGGUCAUUUGAUUGGAGCUAUAUGGUCAGAGGUUUGGUUCUUGAUAAAAAGAGGGGGAAUAUAUUAAAGAUGGACCGACACAAAUAUGUGAAAGUAGCUUAUCAUGGAUUUGGGGAGCUUUCGAAGGAAGAUAAAGUUGCUACUUAUGGCAAUACCUUGCUUCGGGAUUCAUUUGAUGAACCUGACUAUGCCCUUAUCGAUACCCUUUUCUCUCUCGCUGAAGCCUACUUAUUCGCUCAGCUGGUGGACUUCAAGGACAAAAAUCCAGGAAAAGUUCCUGAAGAUGCAGACUACUCUCGCAUGUACAAGGAUGUUAGAGCAGCAGUAGAUUUGUGCCACCGUGAUGGGACUUUGAAGCAGAUGGUUGCAAAAGAUCCAAAAAGAUAUAUCAAUGAGGAUACAUCAAUUGUUCCGAUGCUCAAAAUGCUAAGAGAAUCCGGACGUGCUACCUUUCUGGUAACAAACAGCUUGUGGGACUACACAAACAUUGUCAUGAACUUCCUUUGUGGGCCCAAACUUUCUGAUGGGUCUAGUUCCAGUUUUGAUUGGCUCCGGUACUUCGAUGUUGUCAUCACUGGCAGUGCAAAACCAGGCUUUUUUCAUGAUGAAAUCCGUGCAAACAUUUUUGAGGUCGAGCCUGAAAGUGGCAUGCUAAUUAACACUGAUAAUGGGACUCCUAUGGCACAGGUGGGGAGCACUUCUUUGAGAUUGCCAUUAAAGAGCUUGAAGGAAGGCUACAGAAUUUUCCAGGGGGGAAAUGUUGGCCAUUUGCAUAAAUUACUUUCAAUCGAGUCUAGCUCACAGGUUCUUUAUGUUGGGGAUCACAUUUACGGUGAUAUCUUACGCAGCAAAAAGGUUUUGGGUUGGAGAACAAUGCUUGUUGUUCCAGAGCUUGAGAGAGAGGUUGAACUUCUCUGGGAACUAAGGGAUACUCGCAAGCAACUUCAGUUAUUGAGGAGUCAGCGUGAUCACAUUGAAGAUGAAAUACAACAUCUUAAGUGGUCUCUGAAGUCUAAAGAUACUGAUGAUGUUAACAAUGAGAAGGUGUUUGCGGAGCUUGAUAAGCUACAGUCCCAAAGUGAGGAGGUCAGGCUCAAUCAUCUACAGGCCCAACGAGAAUGUCACCAAAAGUUCCACAAGGUUUGGGGACAACUGAUGAAGACCGGUUAUCAGAAUUCUCGUUUUGCACAUCAGGUGGAGAGAUUCGCGUGCCUUUACACCAGUCAAGUGACAAACUUGAGCCUGUACUCCCCAGAUAAGUACUAUAGGCCGAGCAUGGAUUUUAUGCCCCAUGAUUUUGACAUCCUCUCUAUUUGAAGAAAUCCUGUCAGCCAGGAGCUACAGGCAGUGCAUUUUGAAAAAGAGCUUUGUUCAUUCUAACUUUUAGGUGCAUCCACCUGUUUUAUAUAUUUCAGUUCUUUGUUGAUUUAGGCCAUCUGGGAAUGCAACCCUUUAAGUUGCACCAACGUAGAAAGUCAUUAUGUUUUGUGGUAAAAUAACUCAAAUGUAUCAUAUUUGUUUGUGUUAUUUCAUAUUGGCACUUGCCUGUUUGUGAAUUUACAUUGUAUAAAGUAACUGGAACGAUCUUAAUUAUGAA